GCAACUUCCGUCCUUCCCUGGAGCAGCCUCUCUCCGCCUGCACAGGCUCAGCCUCGGGACAGAAGCUUUCGUCCCAUCCCUGCGGCUCCGCAGGAGAGGCCGGCGGCGAUGGCCGAUGGCGAGGGCGGCCCCGGCGUGUUCACGGCCACCGCCCUGCCCGGGGACCCGCGGCUGCUGCCCACGGUCACCAACGCCUUCCUGGGCACCCGCGUGUUCCGGGACAUCCUGCACGCCGCCGGCGUGUACAGCGGCGCCGCGGGGGACACGCACCGCGCCGAUGUCCCCAGCCCGCUGGGGCUGCGCAUGGCAGCGCCCGGCGCCCGCAGCCCGGCGCACAGCUUCACCCUCAACACCUGGACAGGGACCUUCAGCCACACGAUUCAGUCCCCUGGCUACACGGCCACCCAGCAGCUGUACGCCCACCACUCCCUGGUGCACCUGAUGGCCUGCAGCGUCACCAUCCGGCGCUUGGAUGGCUCCACACAUCCCAUCACCGUCCAGCUCCAGAGCCUGUUCGUGCCGCAGAGCCAGGACCUGCACUUGACCCCGGGCCCAGACUUCCAGGGAGCACACUACAUCUACGGGCAGACGCUGGUUCCCGAGGUGGAGGGGGGCCCCCGUCCCACCGUCCACAUGCUGUGGACCCCCAUCCCGCAGCGGCUGACGCUGGGCGGGGAGGAGCGGGAGCGCUGCUGGCAGUUCCUGACGGCGGUGGCCGGCAGCGAGGAGGAGGCGAAGCGCAGCUACAGCGCGGGGCUGUCCCUGCUGGCCGCGGGCUCCCUGCUCCGCUCCCACGUCCGCGCCUGGGCCGCGCUGCGCCGGGAAUGCUCCGUGCAGCUGGACGGGCCCCCGGCGCUGCGCCAGGCGCUGCACGGCUGCCUCUACUACCUGCUGAGCGCCGUGCCGCCCCGGGACAGCCCCGCAGUCCCGUUCCACGGCAUCAGCCCCGGCGGCUUGUCCAACGGCACCCGCGGCGAGGAUUACUGGGGACACGUCUUCUGGGACCAGGACACCUGGAUGUUCCCGAAUAUCCUGCUGCUCUAUCCCGAGGCUGCCCGCGCCAUCCUGCAGUACCGCAUCCGCACGCUGGAGGGCGCCAGGCGCAACGCGCGGGAGCAGGGCUACGAGGGCGCGAAGUUCCCGUGGGAGAGCGCAGCCACUGGCCGGGAAGUGUGUCCUGAGGAGAUUUACGGAGCCCAGGAAAUCCACGUCACCGGGGAUGUCCUGAUGGCCUUCGAGCAGUAUUACUGCACCACGCAGGACCAGAAGCUGUUCCGGGAGGAGGGGGGCUGGGAGCUGGUGGAAGCCGUGGCUCAGUACUGGUGCAGCAGGAUGGUGUGGAGUGAGGAGGAGCAGCUCUUCCACAUCAGAGGUGUCAUGCCCCCAGACGAGUACCACAGCCAGGUGGAUAACUCUGCUUACACCAACGCCGUGGCCCGGCGCAGCUUAAAUUUUGCCACUGACUUGGCUCGGGACCUGCUGCUCCCAGCGCCAGAGGAGUGGGAGGACCGUGCCAGGAAAAUCAAAGUGCCCUUUGAUGAGGAGAGGAAAUAUCACCCUGAGUACGAUGGCUACAGCCCAGCCCUGUCCCCAGGUGAGCCGGUGAAACAGGCAGAUGUGGUCCUGCUGGGGUUCCCACUGAUGCAUCCCAUGAGUGCCGAGGUCCGGAGGAACGACCUGGAGAUGUACGAGCCCAUCACCGACCCGGCCGGGCCAGCCAUGACCUGGAGCAUGUUUGCCGUGGGCUGGCUGGAGCUGAAGGAGCUGCAGAGAGCCUGGAGCCAGCUGGAAAAGUGCUUCAGCAACAUCACGGAGCCUUUCAAGGUCUGGGUGGAGAACUCGGAUGGGUCGGGAGCUGUGAACUUCCUGACAGGGAUGGGUGGAUUCCUGCAGGUCGUCCUCUUUGGCUUCACGGGGUUCAGGAUCACGAGGUCCGGCCUCCUCUUCGAUCCUGCCUUUCCCGAUGGUAUCACCAAGCUGGAAGUCUCCAGCAUCUCCUACUUGGGCAACAAACUGGAGGUCACCAUCACCGGGGAGGAGAUCAGGAUGGAAGUGACUGAGACCUCCCGGGACCCUCCGGCAUCUCCGCUGGAAGCUGUGCUGGAGUCGGGACUGCGCUUUCCCCUGGGAGAAGGGCAGAGUGUGUCCUUCCCCACAGCCCCUGGAUGGAUCCAGAGGUCGCCCAGCAGGACCCCCUAAAGCCUGCCUGAUCCGGGUGCUGCCCUCUGGAGCAGCAGAGCUGGGAUGCUGCUGCAGGGGGAAGGUAACAGUGGGUGGAAAGGGGGUGCCAGGCUGUGCCAGGAGGCCUUUGCCCCCAGGACUGUGUGUGCCACCUGUCCUUGUGGCCCAGGGGGCCAGUGGCUGGAGCUGUCACCACGGCUGGAGCUGUCACCAUGGCUGGAGCUGUCACCACGUCUGAGCCCCCCACUCCCCUCCACACAUCUCUUACUCGGCGCAGGAGAGGAAACCACGCCUGAAAAUGAUCAUUUCAAUUGUGUUUGCUGGACACCCAGGAGUUGUUUAUGCUCUCAACAUGUUUGUGUUUGUAAGGAGGCCCAUUCCUGACUCCAGGAUCCUGACUCCAGCUCCUCCAGCAUGUCCUGCCCUGGUCCUUGCCUUCCCCAUGUGUUGCUCUGUGGGCUCAAAGGGCUGUGGAGGCUCAGCCAGUGCUGUUCCACCAGAUGAAUGAUGUUUUGGCACUAAAUAUUACUCCAAAAUAUGCAGCUGAAAGCCUUUUAACCCCGUGUGGGCAGCACACAUCUCCACUCCUGUCAUUUGGUGUGUAACAGCCCUCGCAUGUUUUUAAACCCUU